AAGAGGUCAGUGCGAAGAAGGACAUAAAUGUCGCACGAUUAUGCCUCAGAGUGAAGUCUAGCUAUUCUCCAUCCCUAUUUCGAGACAUCUCUGAGUUUAUUUUACUGCGCCAAAUACCAUGCCCAAGCGGCGUCCCCAGCCUUCGACUCCACCAGACCUACCCACCCCACCAGCCGGUGCAUCAAAGAAACCAUACUACGUUGCAGGUGACGCAAUUUGGUACUGUCGAGAGCGCAGUAUGUCAUAUGUAAUAUCUUCUAUUUGCUAUGAGGGUUUAUCUAAACUAUGUCAGAAACCGAAUGGCGUGAAGGUACGAUUGAUUCAAGCACAUCGAGCACCAUACUGCAAACGGUAUUUUCCCUUCAGGCACGUUGGAGACCUUAUCUGACUUGUUAAGGUGAAAGAUGAUGAAGACGGGA